AUGAGGGAGCUUCACCCCUGGGGGACAUUCGUGUGGGGCAUCCUCAUUUCUGCAUUCCUCCUGGGCUGCUGGGGACGCCCCAACGUCCAGAAGUCUCUCCUUCAGGCUUUGGAGCCCAAGGAGGUGACUUCUCACUUUGGCCCUGAUGCCGCCUUCAAAGGCCGCCCCUCCCCUCGCCUCCGGAGACACACUGCGGAGGGGAGCGUCCUGCACCUGGAGCUGCUGGUGGCCGUGGGCCCCGACGUCUACCAGGCUCACCAGGAGGACACGGAGCGGUACGUGCUCACCAACCUCAACAUGGCGUCGGAACUGCUGAGGGACCCGUCCCUGGGGGCUCAGUUCCGAGUGCACCUGGUGAAGAUGGUCAUCCUGGCGCAGCCGCAGGAUGCCCCCAAUAUCACAGCCAACAUCACCUCAUCACUGCGGAGGGUCUGCGAGUGGAGCAGGACGGUCAACCCGCAGGACGACUCGGACCCCGGGCACGCCGACCUGGUCCUGUACAUCACCAGGUUUGACCUAGAGUUGCCCGACGGUAACCGGCAGGUUCGGGGGGUCACCCAGCUGGGGGGCGCCUGCUCCUCCUCCUGGAGCUGCCUCAUCACUGAAGAUACCGGCUUCGACCUGGGGGUCACCAUCGCCCACGAGAUUGGGCACAGCUUCGGGCUGGAGCACGACGGAGCGCCGGGCAGUGGCUGCGGGCCCAGCGGCCAUGUGAUGGGCUCUGACGGUGCCGUGCCCACCCGAGGGGGCCUCGCGUGGUCCGCCUGCAGCCGCCGGCAGCUGCUGCACCUGCUCAGCGCAGGACGGGCGCGCUGCGUGCGGGACCCGCCGGGGCCGCAGCCCGCGCCCGCGGGGCGCCCUCUCCUGGCACACCCCGGUCUCUACUACGGCGCCGACGAGCAGUGCCGCAUGGCCUUCGGCCCCGCAGCGCUGGCCUGCACCUUCGCCAGGGAGAGCCUCGACAGGUGCCAGGCUCUCUCCUGCCACACAGACCCCCUGGACCACAGCAGCUGCAGCCGCCUCCUCGUUCCUCCCCUGGACGGGACCGAGUGUGGCCUAGAGAAGUGGUGCUCCAAGGGUCACUGCCGCUCCCUGGCAGAGCUGACCCCCAUGGGGGCAGUGCAUGGGCACUGGUCAACUUGGGGUCCCCCCAGUCCUUGCUCCCGUUCCUGCGGAGGAGGCGUGGUCAUCAGGAGGCGGCAGUGCAACAACCCCAGACCUGCCUUUGGGGGGCGCGCGUGCGUAGGUGCUGACCUCCAGGCCGAGAUGUGCAACACCCAGGCCUGCGAGAGGACCCAGCUGGAGUUCAUGUCCGAGCAGUGUGCCGAGACCAACGGGAAGCCUCUGCACCUCUCCCCAGGCCACGCCUCCUUCUACCGCUGGGGCCCUGCCGAGCAGCACAGUCACGGGGACGCUCUGUGCGGACACCUGUGCCGCGCCCUUGGCGAAAGCUUUAUCGUGAGGCGUGGGGGCAGUUUCCAGGACGGGACCCGGUGUGUGCCCAGCGGCCCUCGGACCGACGGGACCCUGAGCCUGUGCGUGUUGGGCGGCUGCAGGACGUUUGGCUGUGACGGCAGGAUGGACUCCCAGCAGGUGCCAGAUGUGUGCCAGGUGUGUGGCGGGGACAACAGCACAUGCAGCCCGCACAACGGCUCUUUCGUGGCCGGAAGAGCCAGAGAGUAUGUCACGUUCCUGACACUCACUCCCAACCUGACCAGCGUGUACGUUGCCAACCACAGGCCUCUCUUCACACACCUGGCAGUGAGGAUCCGAGGGCACUACGUGGUGGCUGGAAACGCCAGCCUCUCUCCCAGCACCACCCACCCGUCCCUCCUGGAGGACAGCCGGAUCGAGUACAAGGUGACCCUCACGGAGGACCGGCUGCCCCGCCUGGAGGAGCUCUUCAUCCGGGGACCCACCCAGGGCGACACGGAGAUCCAGGUGUACAGGCGCUACGGGGAGGAGUACGGCGAUGCCGCCCGCCCAGACAUCACCUUCACCUACUUCCGGCCGAAGCUGCGGCAGGCCCGGGCGUGGGCUGCCGUGCGGGGGGCCUGCUCGGUGAGCUGUGGGCCAGGGCUGCGGUGGGUGACCUACAGCUGUCUGGACCAGGCUAGGAACGAGUGGGUGGAGGCCGCCCAGUGCGGAGGGAGCCAGCAGCCGGAGGCCUGGCCAGAGCCCUGCACCCCCGGGCCCUGCCGCCCGUACUGGGCAGCUGGAGACUUCGGCCCGUGUAGUGCCUCCUGCGGGGGAGGCCUGCGGGAGCGGGGGGUGCGCUGCGUGGAAGCCCAGGACCACCGCCUGAGGGUGCUGCCCCCCGCCCGAUGCAGGGCGCUGGCCCAGAAGCCAGCGGAGGUGGAAACAUGCAAUUCCCAACCCUGCCCCCCCAGGUUGGGAAUGCCAGGCGCGUGCCCGUCGGCCUGUGGAGCGGACCCGGCCGAACAGAACGUCACGCGCGUGCAGGGGACAGAGGGCCCGGAGGCGCCAGUGGCUGCUGGACCCUGCUCCGCACACAAGAAGCCAGCUGCCCGCGAGCCCUGUGUGGAGGUGGCAUGUCCUCCGGGCUGGGGCCAUCUGGACCCCCAGCCUCUGGGGGAGGAGGCGGCAUCCCCGUCGGGCAGUACCAGGCUGGGGGCUCGCGCUGCACCUGUGUGGACCCCUCUGGCGGGGCCGUGCUCUGUCUCCUGCGGUAGAGGCCAGGUGGAGCUGCGUUUUGUGUGCGUGGACUCUGCCCUCAGGACACCUGUCCAGGAAGAGCUGUGUGACCCGUCAAGCAAGCCGCGGAGCCGGCAGGAGGUCUGCCAGGCUGCCCUGUGCCCAGCUUGGUGGCGGUUCAGGCUGGCCGCCUGCAGCGUGAGCUGUGGGGGAGGGGUCGUGCAGAGGAUCCUGUACUGUGCUCGGGACCACGGCCAGGACAAGGAUGAGGAGAUCCUGCCAGAUGCCCAGUGCCAGGGGCUGCCUCACCCAGAGCCGCAGGAGGCUUGCAGCCCGGAGCCCUGCCCACCCAGGUGGAAAGUCACGUCCCUUGGCCCGUGCUCAGCCAGCUGUGGCCUCGGCACCGCCACGCGCUCCGUAGCCUGCGUGCAGCUGGACCAAGGCCAGGACGUGGAGGUGGACGGAGCAGCCUGUGCAGCCCUGGUGUGGCCGCGGACCAGCAUCCCCUGCGUUGCUGCUGACUGUGCCCACCGGUGGCACGUCAGCGCCUGGACGCAGUGCUCCGUCUCCUGUGGGGAUGGCGUCCAGCGCCGGCAUGACACCUGCCUGGGACCCCAGGCCCAGGGGCCCGUGCCAGCUGACUUCUGCCAGCACCUGCCCAAGCCCGUGACGGUGCGGGGCUGCUGGGCCGGGCCCUGUGCAGGGCAGGGGACACCCAGCCUGGUGCCCCGUGAGGAAGCCACUGCUCCAGGACAGACCACAGCUGGCCCUGCCACUGCUUCCCCAGAGUGGCCCCGGCCCUGGGCCCGCCUCCUCUCCCCAGCUCCCCGGACUCAGGGGCCGCUCCUGGUGGCCCAGGAAAGCCCUGUGGAGACCAGUCCUUGUGGCUGGCAGCACCUUGAGCCAACAGGAGCCCUUGACUUGCGAGGCCCCGGGCAGGCUGACUGUGCAGUGGCCAUCGGGCGGCCCCUGGGUGAGGUGGUGACCCUCCAAGUCCUCGAGAGCUCCCUCAACUGCAGCGCCGGGGAGAUGUUGCUGCUUUGGGGCAGGCUCAUGUGGAGGAAGACGUGCAGGAAGCUGUCCGGCAUGACUUUCAGUUCCAGAGCCAACACCCUGGUGGUGCGGCAGCGCCGCGUGCGGCCACAAGGCGGAGUGGUGCUGCGGUACUCCAGCCGACCUGCCCCAGGGACCUUCCACAGAGAAUGUGACAUGCAGCUCUUUGGACCCCGGGGUGAAAUUGUGAGUCCGGUGAUGAGUUCAGAUGGGAGAAACGUGGGGGGCUGCCGCAUCUUCAUCGACGUGGCCCCGUGGGCCCGAAUUGCCAUCCACGCCCUGACCACCAACAUGGGUACUGGAACUGACGCCAGCUACAUCUUGAUCCGGGACAUCCACAGUCUGAAAACGAUGACAUUCCGCGGGCAGCAAUCGCUCUACUGGGAGUCCGAGGGCAGCCAGGCUGAGAUGGAGUUUAGCCAGGGCUUCCUGGAAACACAUGCCCGCCUGCGGGGCCAGUACUGGACACUCCACUCGGGGGCUCAGGAGCCCCGCAGUGGCCUGCCCUAG